CGAAAAAGUUGACUAGUCUCAUAGCUAGUUUAAGGAAGAGGUUCUUGCAUGGUGCAUUUACAUUUGUGAGUGGGGGUAACUAAUCGGUAUAAUUGAUGAAUUAAUUAGCACACUAUUCCAUAACACCUACCUAUUAAUAGCCUAAUUUUCUUCUACUUCCGUACUCUUCACCUUUUUGGUUCCCACUGCUUCUGCUGUUUUCCACUUUUCCUUCUUUCCUAAGCAAAUUCAGCUACUUCUUAUUCUUCUUCUUUCCCAAAGCAGUUAUGGGAAAUCUGCAAACAAAAUGGGCAGCGAGUACAGUCCAACCCGCUGAGUCCAAUUCAGCUUCUUCUUCUUCUUCUUUGUUUACCAAUGGUAGUGGUCAACAACAACCACCACAGCCUCCACGGGCUCCUCUUUCUUCUCCUUCUGAUCACCAUCAAACGUCCCAGGAAGGUGCCCUCUGCGGGGACCUUAAGGGCAAACUAGAAUUGAAGGGUGAAGGGCGAGUGGGUGUUGAAGCUCUGGAUCAAGUUUUAAACUUUGGUCAACAGGGUGUUAAUGGUGAUGAUCGGGAUAUUGAGGGCUCGAAGAGGAAUAGUUGGGAAGAUGAUUAUGUGAAUGGAAGUGUUUAUGAUGGCAACUGCGUUGGAGCUGAGAAGAGAAAAAAGAGAGGCGCUGGUCGGCAAACGAAGGUUGCUAAGGAGCAGUCACAAGAAAGACAAGAACCAUCAGAAAGAUCCGGCCAAACAGAAUGCAAGUAUUAUCCAUCACUACCAGCUGCAGAACUGAACUUUCUUGACCUGCCUAUCCGUCCGGGAGAGAAAGAUUGUGCCUAUUACAUGCAACAUGGGUCAUGUAAGUUUGGAGAAAACUGCAAGUAUAAUCAUCCUGACCCGACAACUGGAGGAUGCGAUCCUCCUCCUAUGUAUGAUAAUGUAGGAUCUAUUUCAUUCAGUGGUGUACUGCAACAGUCUGCAUCAUCAGUCUCUUCUCCAGGAAUAGUAAACAAAACUUCUCCUUUUCUGCCAAUGAUGCUUUCGCCUACUCAAGUUUCUCCUCAAGAUUCCGAUUGGAAUGCAUAUCAUUAUCAGGCACCUAUAUGCCCAUAUGUGAUGAGUAUGCAUCCACCUACACAUGUCAAGAACUACCCAGCUAUCGAAACUAACGCUUAUACGCCCCAACAAAAUCAGAUCCAAGUUGGAGUUGAUGAGUUUGCAGAAAUACCUGGGGAUUCUAAGCCUAAAUCCAAACGUAAAUCUUACUGUAAGAAGAAUAAGCUUGCAAGUUUACCUCCAUGCAAUCUCAAUGACAAGGGCCUACUUUUGAGACCGGCACCGAUCUGCCCAUCUACGAUGAGUAUGCAUCCACCUAAAUAUGUCAUGAACAACUCAACAAUCAAAACAAACGCUUAUACGCCCCGACAAAAGCAGAUCCAAGAUGGAGUUGAUGAGUUUGCAAAAAUACCUGAAGAUUCUAAGUCUAAAUCCAAAGGUAAAUCUCGCCGUCAGAAGAAUAAGCUUGCAAAUUUACCUCCAAGCACUCUCAAUGACAAGGGCCUACUUUUGAGACCUGCACCUAUCAAGCCAUCUGUGAUGGGUAUACAUCCACCUACACAUGUCAUGAAUAACCCAGCAAUCAAAACAAAAGCUUCUACGCCCCGACAAAAGCAGAUGCAAGUUGGAGUUGAUGAGCUUGCAGAAAUACCUGGGGAUUCCAAGUCUAAAUCCAAACGUAAAUCUCACCAUCAGAAGAAUAAGCUUGCAAGUGUACCUCCAUGCACUCUCAAUAACAAGGGCCUGCCUCUGAAACCUGACAAGAGUGCAUGCCCCGAAUACACUUGCCUCGGAAUAUGCAAGUUUGGAGCAGGUUGUAAGUUUGCCCACCCAUCAAACCCUCCACCGCCAUUGACAAUCCAUUCAGUUUAUCAGCAAUCCUACACAAACUCAGCUGGUGUUGAGGUGGCUUGGAUGGGUUCAAGUGAUCCCACAAUUCAGCAAACUCUCUAAACUUUCUUUUUCAAGGACCUUCCUUCCUACCUAUGAGGAUUCAUGCAACUCACAAUGUGCAAUUUGUUCGUACAUUCUUCCUCUGGGCCUCUUUUGAAUUCCAACACAAGUAAUCUAUAAAUGUCAAACAGAUAUUUAUAGGGUGAGAUCGUAGGAGAGAAUAUUUGGUAGAUUUGAGGGGGAAGAAGGCACUUCUAAGAAUGUUAUUAUGAUUAGGGAAUGAUUUUGCCAUGGGAAGGGGAUGUUCCCCUUAUGAAAAGAUAGAAUCAUAGAACUACUACUACUGCUAUCAACCUUCUUUGCUUGCCUCUAAGUAUCAAAAGGUAUAUUAUAGAAGUUAUUUCCGGAAAUUUGAUGUGCUUACCAAAUGCUUUAAGAACCACCAAAAUAUCUUUAACACAUGCAUUUCUUUGUUUCCGCUCACUUGGAUUAGUGCCUGGUUAUUUAGUUGGGCUUUUAUGAAUUGCCUAAUUAUUAUUGGAAGGUCGACUCUGCUUUUUUUAUUUUAUCAA